AACUUGUGCGCCCGCGAGGAAAGUCAGGAACCAACUUCGCUAACUAGCAGGUUUGGAGCCUUGUGCCCGCAAUGGGGGACAUGAAGACCCCAGACUUUGAUGAUUUGCUUGCAGCGUUUGACAUUCCCGAUAUCGAUGCCAAGGAGGCUAUUCAAUCAAGUCCAGAGGAGGAACAGGAUGAGGUGGGGACUAAUGCAGAUGAGGGAGAGCGUGCCUCUCCAUCGCAUUUUCUCGGCCCUCCUGCCUCACAAAGUGACCCUCCUGUGGUCAGUGUUAUCGUGAAGAACUCUGUGCGGUCUGAGUCUUGUGAUGAGGAGGAAAAGUUUUCUAGGGAUGAAACAGACAAUCCCUCAAGCAGUGGCGUUAACUCUCAGGUUGAGGUCAAGGUGGGAGAUGUCACCUCACAGCUUGGUCCCACAGUGUCUGCUGAUGUCCCUGUGGAGCCUCAGACUGCCAAUGGUUUUGAGGGACCUGUCCCCAGAGAUGAGAGGCAGUCCAACACAGAGCUGUGGCCCUCUCGUUCACCACUGAGCUCCACACUAAGCAGUAAUGAGAGUGAGAGCGAUAAAGGAGCUGAGGUUGGAUCGGUCCAGCACACGACUGAUGUCAUGAACAGUUUGAAGCCCCUCCUCUACUGCCAGUCUUCAACUAGUGCUGGACCAAACUCAGCUCCUCCUUCCCCGCACUCUGCCAGCCCUCACUCCCCUAAGAAGGAGGAAACUUGCCUUAGUAGUCCAUCACAAAACGGGAGUAUUAAGGCUGGAAUUAAGCACAGUAUGCAUUCAGAUGAAGAUGACUCAGAGCCAGACUUAGGGAGUCCCCUGGUGAUCCAGGAGAGCCCAGAAUCGGAAAUGUCCUCCCCUCCUAAAUUUAAACACAGAGCAAAACUACGGGCUGAGCUGCUUGGGUCUCCUGAAUCAGCACUUGUUUCUCAUCCUCCUAUGCCUUCUCUGGCACCCACAAACCCUGAACCCCAGCCUGAGGAGGAGGGGCAGCCUACCACACCUCCUGCACUAGCUCCUCAACCACAGAGCCCCCAGAACUGCCUCCCAUCUCUCAGCGUGGGCCCUGCAUCGGUUCAGCAAGAGAAAUACCCAGAGCAUGUGAUUGAUGAGAGGGACUCGCCUGAGAGCCCACCGCCCAGUGAGACAGGUCUUGUGGUCCCCAAGAGAAGCAGCAGCCCUGAUUUGGCCCUAACAGCAGCAAACCACAAGGACGUCUGUCACAAAGAGGAGCUCAUGGAACCCAAAGAUGAAGACAGGCCAGGUGACGCUGAGGAGCUGAGUGAACAAGUGGCUGCAGACGGGGAAAAUUCAGACGACGAGAGCUGCGGUGCCAGCACGGAGGAUUCUGCGUCUGCUACUGCUGCGGAGACGGUUUCAUCUCCGUUGCGCCAACUCAAAGUUAAAAUCAAAAUGCCUACAGGCAGCAUCACAAGAACUGUGUCUGGUGUUGCACCUAAAAGAAGUGGAAAAACUACUACUAAGGGUGUGAGUAGUUCAAAAUCUUCACCAGAAUGCCCUAACACGAGAUCCAAGAGGGAGUUCUCACAGCCUGCAGUGACGACGCUCCAGAACGCCUGUGCUGCGACGCUGGAGCGUGCCGGCACGCUCAAAGACCAAACCACAGUGGACACCAAGCCUAAAGUUUCCCUGACAGCUGUUAGCAUCACCAAAACUGCAGCCCUGCCCUCCAUUUCUAUGUCCUCUGCCAGAGUCAGUCCUGGUGUGGUCAACCCUCGCGGCCUGGGUCAGAAAACUGUGAAUAGUGGGGUGACACUUCCUGCUCCUUCACCUGCGCUUACGCCUCAAAGUGGCAGCAGACCAGCGUCCAUCGUUAACAGCACUGGGGCGAUCAUAUCCAAGACUCAGACCAACCUGGUAGAAGCUUUCAACAAGAUCCUCAACAACAAGAACCUGCUGCCCAGUUAUAAACCGGAUCUGAGCUCACCUCUUCCUGCUGAGUGGGGCCUUCCUCUGCCUGCACAGGGUUACCGCUGUUUGGAGUGCGGCGAUGCCUUCGCUCUGGAGCAGAGCUUAGUGCGGCACUACGCUCGGCGCUCGCUGAGGAUUGAGGUGACCUGUAAUCACUGUGCCAAGCGGUUAGCCUUCUACAACAAGUGCAGCCUGCUUUUACAUGCCAGAGAGCACAAGGAGAGGGGCCUGAUCAUGCAGUGUUCACAUCUGGUCAUGAAACCUGUGCCUAUGGAGCAGAUGAUCGCCCAGCAGGAACCCACUGCAACUGCACUGUCAUCAUCCUUUUUAGGCCAAGUCACCCCAAACCCAACACCCCAGCAGCAUCAAGCAGUAUCCAAGAAGAGAGCCGAGGCAGCGCAGUACGUCAGUAAUAAAUGCCCUGUGUGUCAGGCUCAGUUCAGCAGCAAAGAAGAGGUGGCCGAACAUUUCCAAGAAAUCAAACUAGCCCAAACUUUUUCAUGCACUGACUGCUCUCCGCCCAUGCUCCUGCCAAACAGCUGCAGUGCAGCAGCUCAUCAACGCAUCCACCAAGGCUGCCCGCCACACGUCUGCCCAGAAUGUGGGGGCACGACCAAGCAGCCGCUAUUUCAAGCACACCUUGACGAGACCUGUUUACACUUUGCCCGGCGCAUUGGAUACAGAUGUUCCAGUUGUCUGGUGGUGUUUGGAGGGCUCAACUCAGUAAAGUCUCACAUUCAACAGGCUCAUUGUGACAUGUUUCACAAAUGCCCCAGCUGUCCCAUGGCUUUCAAAUCCGCUCCCAGCAUACAGAACCACAUCAGUGCCCAACAUCCGACGCUCACUGAAGGACAGACCAUGUCGAUCUAUAAAUGUGUCAUGUGUGACACAGUUUUUACUAACAAGACCCUGCUGUACGUCCACUUCGACACUCAUUUAACCAACCAGAAGGUGCAUGUGUUUAAAUGCCCUGAGUGCACCAAGUUGUUUUCUCAGAGGAAUUCCCUUCUGGACCAUUUCAAGUCCCAUAAGACUCCCAGCAUAAAACAAGGGCUGCCCUCACCUCCAGCUGCGUCCUCUCGAUCACGGUCUUCAGUGAAGUUGGAGAGCUCAGAUGGAGACGAAUGGAUGGAUGAAGACAAAGAAGAGAAAGUGAAGACAGAAAGGGUGAAGACCCCCUCAGGGUGGAAGUGUGCGCCUUGCCAUGCUCGUUACACAGACCGGGAAGACUACAUUACCCAUAUGGCUGAACAACAUAACAAGAAGUUGAAGAAGUUUCCUUGUAACAAAUGUGAGAGCUCCUUCACCACCACCUCCAGUAUGAGACGUCACAUCAGAGACAAACACAAAGUCGUUAACCGCUGCUUUCGCUGCCAGUUUUGUAGUGAGGUAAAAAAGACAUUCAGCAGCAGAGAGAUGCUGGAGAAACAUAUUCAGCUGAGACACAGCAAGGACCCAACGAGCCAGGACUCACUGACGGAAGGCAGAGACAGUUCCUCAGAGCAGGACGGCAGUUUGGGGGCUUGCAGAAGACGGAGAGGAGCUGUGGUGACAGAGCAGGACGAAGAGUCCACAGAUGGAGCAAGUCCAGUGAAGAAGUUGCGGUCCUCCUCCUUCUCUGCUUCUGCUCCGUACUCCCUCCCAGAGUCUGGGUUUCGCUGCGCCCCCUGCGGCUUCACCACAGAGGACCAGGGCUUGUUCUUGGAGCAUAUCAGCCAGCACCGACGAGGAGGGACGGAGGGCGGCGGUGGCGGCCAGCAGUGUCUACAGUGUGGUGCCUGCUUCACAUCCAUCUCCUCUCUGUCACGCCAUCGCUUCAUCAUCCACAAAGUCAGAGAUGCAUCCAGUGACAACCAGCAAUCCCUUGGCGCGCACCCAGCACCUUCUCCGGGUAACGGGAGGAACCACGAUGAUAAGAACUCUCUGGGCGGAUCUGCGCCAGCAUCGCCCUCUCAGUCCUCCUCAGCUCAGGGGAAGGAUGAGGACGGCACGCUCGCCUGCAGGGUGUGCGGCAAACAAUUUGAAAAGGCAACUGACCUGACGACGCACUUCAGAACUCAUGGUAUGGCUUUUAUCAAUGCAAGGAACGCCGGAAAAACUCCCUGAGACGCCAAGUACACCAUAAAGAGAAGUGUCGGUAGGUGACAGAAUAUUUACAUGUGCCUUAUUUAUCACCGAGGUGAUCACACCUAUGCACUAAUUUAACCAAAGAACCCACACAGCAGAGUUUUCGUGAAUAGAUUGUAAAGCUAUCAAACGUGAUUCUCACUGGUGAUAAGAUUAACCUUUUACUCGGGACACUCAGGAUUUAUGAUCUGGAACGUUACUAACCAGCGACUUCCUGCUCAGUGAACAGGUUGUGUGACCACGUUCACAAAAUAAUGUGCCUGUAAAGAACUGUGUUUCUACUGUGAUUAUGAUGCAGAUUUCAUUGAAUGUUGAUAGACAGUGGUAGAAUGUGUCUUUUAAUUUCAAUGUUUUCAUUCUACUGAGGAGACGCGCUUGAAUGACAGCCCAGGGGCCCGAUGCAUAAAGCUUUGUAGACUGAAGUAUAAAUGUGUGUACGCACAAAGGCAGAAAUAUCCAUACACUUUAAUAAAAUCCUGCGUGCACCUGAAUGUGUUUUAUAAAAUCUUGAUCAUUGUGGUGCUGGACGUACGAGCACGUAGGGUUUCCCAUUUGUGGCGGCCCGCCAUGAUUAUAACAUCUGCUGCCACAAAUGAAUUUUCUAUUUUUGGAAGUGGACAACUCAUUAGAAGUGCUGUUGAAAUAUACAUACCGGUGGGUUAUUUAUUGCAUCACACUCUGGAAGCGCAGAGUGUAAUCUAGGCACAGAUAUGGGAGUAGAAGGUCAGGCACAUUGAAAACGUAACUUAAACUCCGGGUAAAGUGAAUUUGUUUCAAAACACGUUCUAAAUAUUGGAAACUGAUUGUUGAAACAUGCUACACAGACCCUUUACUGUGUAGUACUGAAUUGUGGAGUUAGACGGUUUACUGUUUUUUCACCAUUUUUCCGUUUUAAGAUUUUUUGGGCGGGCCUAAAACCAUAGUUCGAUGAUGCAAUGGAGCUAUACUCAGCAUAGCUCCGCCCCUGACAAUGUAGCAGUAUAAAAACGAGAAACAUCAUUAGCAUAGUCCCAUGAUUGGGCGUGGCCUCCGGACACGCCCCCAGCAUUUCAGAUCAGAGAAUACUGAGCAUUUUUUCAUGAUUUUGAGACCUUCUUUUACAUACUUGGUGAUUUUUUUCGGUCAUUCAAAUUUGGUCAGGUGUUUAAUAACACAUCUUUCUGUGAUGUGACAAACUCAGACCACAUUUUCAUUAUCACUUUACCCGGACUUUAAAAGGAUACUUCGCCAUUUUUCAAUCGGUUUUGUAUCAAAACAACGUGGGUAUUAUGUGUAGAUCAACUAUGGUAGACUUCCCUCCAUCUGACCAGUGCUCACAUCUCCCUCCUCCCCCUCGAUGAAGCAUCGCGAAAUGAAGCCUUUGCUGGCUCUUGGGGCUUCUGCUUAUUAUUCAAUCAUCAAUUAAAUGAUCACUAACCGGGAGAUGAAUAUAAAUAAAAAGUGAUGAAAUUCAUCACUCAUAAUCAAUUUAAAAUUAACUUAAUAAAUGUAUUUUUGAUUG